CGCCCGUCAAUCCAAUCCCUUGAAGCCGAUAGUAUGGCCACAGCAUGCACAUGAACAAUGGCAGUGGAAAUGGCGGCACCCACGAGCUCUCUGCCCGCAUCGCGGCCAUCGCCGCAGCGUCGAAGGCCCGGUCGCAGGCUGGGGAAGCCAUUCUGGGAAAUACUCUUGGAAGUUCCAAGGAAUCUGCGGGGAGGCCCCGCCACGCACAGGUGUCCGAUUCUGAGGAUGAGAUGGAAGAGCUCUGUGCCCAAGAUAUUGAUCGAGGGCAAGAACUUGCAGAAGAAGCAGCUUCUGAUGAGGCAGAAGAGGAAUCAGAGUCAGAGGGAUCCCGAUCACAGUGUUCAGCUUCUCUUUCUGAAGAUGACUGGAGCCCUGUUGUGGGAGCCAAGAUUGAGGGGACCAACGAGACUGCACUGAUCCUUGAACGGCUGAUCUUAACAACAGGCUUUGGCCAGACCGACAAGCCGGCGGUUGAGCAGCUCUUGCUGCGAGUGCGCAGCGCCAGGUUUUGGGUUCAGGUGGUGAAGCAAGUGCGGGCUCCAGCACGCCGCGUGCUGACGGCCAGCCUGAACUCAGCGAAUGUGCCACUGCCACCUGCCAACCCCAUGUUGCGGAUGCUGAAUGGUCGGCUCUCCCUCUACGAAGCCUUAACUGCUUUGGGCCCCAUGUGGAGCCUCCCAGCACAGAAUCUCAAAUGUGUGGCCCAGCGACGCCUCAACGAGCUGUGUUCAUCAAAGAGCGAGGAGUGCCAUUUUAACAGCGUGACAGUGCUGCUGCGCAGUGGUGCAAGUUUGCUGUCCACCGAUGGCAGGGGGCGACUGCCUGCCCAUUUGGCUUCCAGCGCCGGGACCCACAUGGCCUUGCAGCUCUUAGUGAGGCUUCUGCAGCUCGCACCAGCCACGCUUCUUAUCGAAGAUGAUGAGGGCGCCACGCCAUUGGGUUUGCUUGCACGGGCACCGCUCUUGCAGAAGGUGAUAGAAUCUGAAGAUGCUGAGCAGGCGAUCAUCCUGACGCAGUUUUCUUCGGGAGGGCUCUUGUCGCAGCUUUCGGAUGCAGCUUUGACCUGCGCAGCAGCCCUUCCGCAGCAAACCACGCGGCUCUUACAGCAGUCACCAGAGGCUGCCCGUGCGUGGCGUGUCCUGGCCAGCGCUGGGGGCGGCCGAGCAGCUUUGCUCUUGGCACCGGAGCGGAUGGACGAGAGCUUAGAAGACCUGACUUGGCAGGCUGAAGAGCGUGAAGGGCAAGCAGCGGCCCGGCUGAGACAGGGCUUGCAGCGGAUCAUGGUCCUGCAGAGCAUCGCCAGCGUCUCGGAACAGAAGAUCGAUGCCUUGGAGCCUCAGGAGCUUCGGCUUCGACUUGCCCACUUGGAGAAGGUCGCCCAGCAACAGCGGGAGGAGGCGUCGGCCGCAUCGGCGCUGCUGGAAGCAGAGAACCGACAAUUGAAGCGAAGCCUGGCAGACAAAGAGGAUGAGCUUGUGAUGCUCAGCAGUAAGCUUGAACAGCGGGCUUCUGCUGUGGACAGUGAAUUGGUCACUCUGACUCCCAAGCAGGCUGCGCGGAUCAAGGAAGCUGACGCGAAGCUCGGCCACUUUGAAUCGCACGAGCGUGCAGUGAUCGAGGACAUUCGCAAGGCUAGACUCGCAGAUGUAGACGCUGAUUCGCUGCCAGAGGAUCUGAGACGAGGCGUGCUAGAAAUGAGACGCUCUCUCACAGCAGCUGUGGAUCGCUUGGCCCGAGACCUGUAUGAGUCGCAGGCACACUUUCUUCAGGAGCUGCUACAGAAUGCUGACGACAACAACUACACGGAGGGCAUUCUGCCGAAACUCGACUUGGUGCUCCGUGGCAGGCCGCCCGACUCGCACCUGGCACCAUAUUUCUUUGCAGCCAAUAACGAGGUUGGCUUGACCGAGGUGGAUGUGCGCGCUUUGUGCGAUAUCUCGAGGUCUUCAAAGACACAGGCUGGGACGACCACGGGCUACAAAGGAGUGGGCUGGAAAUCCGUCUUCCGCGUGUGCGAAACGCCCCAUGUGCUAUCGCAGAAAUGGCGUUUCAGAUUCUCAUCCAGUGGAUUGGGCAUGUUAACACCCACCUGGCUCUCAGAGGAGGACCUUCGACGCCUCCCCUCGGAGGUCCUCGACGCCCACCAGAGGGGUGAAACGGUGUUUUACCUUCCUUUGGCAGAUCCAGGCUCCUCUUUGCCAAGUAUUCGCACAGAAAUGCAGACAAUGGAAGCUGACUUUGCACAGCUUCUCUUCUUGAGAAGAGUGAUGCAAAUCAGUCUUCGCGGUGAUUUCACUGCCAACGCGGGCGAUUCCAUGGUAGUGAUGUCCGCCCAGCUAUCCCACACGGGCCUGCGUACAAGCACCAGUUGUCAAGUUUUCAAGAAGGAAGAGCACAGCUACGGCCUGGAAAGUGAGCAGACGACCUCAUUUGAGGUGAAUAGUCAUGAAGAUGUGGUGGUUGCUUUGCCACUGGUCUUGGAUGCGAAUCCUCCUCCGCAGCGAGUCUUUGCCUUUUUGCCGGUUCGCUCCGUCGGCUUCCGCUUCGCCAUCCAAGCGCCCUUCCAUCUCACCGCGAGCCGCGCCGACCUGCACCGCUCGCCGGAGAACCUGCGGCGACGCAACGCCAUCGCUCCAGCCUUCAUCAAGGCGUGCCAGCAGAAGUUUGACAUCGCAUCUCAUGCGUUGGAGUACUUGGGAACUGAGCCCGCGGAGCCUUUCUGGAUGCCAGUGCGACAACAUAUCCUGGAGGAGCUGCGCAACCUCGUCCAGUACUCAGAAUUUGCAGAAGUGUUGACUGGGAUUAACAUGGAUCAUAGAUCCUAUUGUAAGCACCGCUAUUACCGCCAUUUUGGGAUCUUCGCAGCCCACAGCCUCGUGUGAGAGGUUUACGUUGCAAAUGCUUUGCCUGGGGUCGAUGCCAUUUUUGCUUGCCCACAUUUAGCCAC